AUGGAUCUGACGGCGAAGCUCUGCGGGAUGAAGCUGCGGUCGUCUGCCUUCCUCGCGGGGCCGCCCAUUUUGGACGCCCAUGCGCCUCAGGUAAGGGGAUGCCAUGGGGUGUCGGUGCCGUUCAAGCGGGUGCAGGUCUCGGCGUCGAGGGGCGCCGGUGGAGGAUUGUCCAGGGGUAAGAAUCCCAGGCUCGCUGCUCGAGUGCUGCCCCCUGCGGCGACGAUCGAUACCGUGGUCGCCGAGGUGGACACGGAUGACGCGGCCGUCGAUAUUGAGUCCCUUUUCUCGGAGUCCGGUGGUGGGGAAAGCAGCGGGCAGAGGAGGCAAGGGAAGAAGAAACAGAGCGUUGGCGCGUCGGGUGUGUCGUCCGGGGUGCGGCUAGAGAACAUCAGAAAGAGUUUCAAAGGGGUGACGGUGCUUAAGGAUGUGAGCUGGGAGGUGAAGAAGGGGGAGAAGGUGGGGCUGGUUGGUGUGAACGGGGCUGGGAAGACUACGCAAAUGAGGAUUAUCGCGGGCCUGGAGGAGCCCGACUCGGGUAAUGUGAUCAAAGCCAGGGAAAACAUGAAGAUUGCAUUUCUGAGCCAGGAAUUCGCUGUCUGCCAGAGCAAUACGGUGAAGGAAGAGUUUUUGACUGCCUUCAAGGAAGAGAUGGAGGUUGCACAGAGGCUGGACAAGGUGCAGAGAGCACUGGAGAACACAGUGGAGGACUUGGAACUGAUGGGGCGGUUGUUGGACGAACUGGACUUGCUUCAAAGACGAUCCAAGGACGUGAAUCUCGGCGAGGUGGACAUUAAAAUUAGCAAAUUAAUGCCUGAGCUUGGUUUUGCACCAGAGGACUCUGACCGCCUGGUGGCAUCAUUCAGUGGCGGUUGGCAAAUGAGAAUGUGCCUUGGAAAAAUCCUUCUUCAGGUAUAUUCAUGUGUUGAUGUUUCGUAAUUUAUUAUUGAAUAAGUAGACUCUUUUAUUUGGAUUAUUGUGGAGCUCCAUAGAAUCUGGCUGUUCUUACUUAAUAUGUCUCUUGGCAGCCGAUCUAAUUUUGUUUUAUUCAACGUUUUGUGAUAGUGGAAGAGGCUUGACUUGUCUAUGCAAGAUGCCCCUCGUCAAAAUAAUCUUUUGAUUGACAAGAAUCAUCCUAUUGCAGAAAUACACAUCAGUGAUGAAAACCUAUUUCUUUAUUUGGUUCCAUUUAUUGGUCGGUUAGUAUUCAUGACUAGUUUUUUUUUACCCUCACCUAGCAUCUAGCUAGCUACCUUUGUAUUCACUUUGUGCGAAUUAGGUAUUUAUUUUACAUUCAGAUAGGAAUGAUUAAACCUUCAGAUAUUUACUUCACUUUUAGUUUGUUCCCCUAGAUUAUACGUUAUCAUUUUUCGUAAUCUUCGUAUUCUUUCACCAUCUAUUAUGGUAGCGCAUGUCAUGUUCGAUUGGUUUAAUGAUUUUCUGUGUGCUAAAAUUCUGCUUCUCCACACUUUUCAUUGGUCCUUAUUUUCCUCGUUCACUGUUGAUGAGCUGUUUUAGAUUUGUGAAAGGAUGAUAAGGUAUAGAAGACAUGAGAGAUUUUAUUACCCACUACUGAUUCCGAAAGUACAAAAUGGGCUCCUCUUUGCUGAGAACUGCUUUUGAAUUUGCUUUAGAGGUUGACUUGGUUUUAAACUGGACUUCUUUACUGAGUGAGGGAACAUUUUUGAGUAGCGGAUGUUUACUUUUGCAUGUUCUGGGCAACAGCCCAUGCUCGUGCUCCUGCUUGGGAUGGGAUUGUUUUGGAAUACACGUGCAGCUAUGUUCUUCUACAUAUUUUUCUCUCUCUUUUAUCAUCCAUUUGCGAUUCUACUGUCUUUGGUUGGAGAUACUGUUUGUGCUUGUUGACCAAGGAGAAUGAAUGUGCAGGAACCUGAUCUUUUACUACUGGAUGAACCCACAAAUCAUCUUGAUCUGGACACAAUUGAGUGGCUUGAAGGUUAUCUUACAAAGCAGGUCGUGCCCAUGGUCAUCAUCUCACAUGACAGGGCCUUCCUCGAUCAAUUAUGCACAAAGAUUGUUGAAACUGACAUGGGAGUUUCUAGAACUUUCAUGGGAAACUACUCUGAGUAUGUUUUGGCUAAAGCAACUUGGGUAGAAGCUCAAUAUGCAGCAUGGGAGAAGCAACAGAAGGAAAUUGAUCAUACCAAAGACUUGAUAAGCAGACUGGGAGCAGGAGCGAAUUCUGGCCGCGCAUCCAGUGAAGAAAAGGUACACACUGCUGUCUUAGCCUCAAUCUCCUAGAGAGCUACAUGCGUCACAGUCCAUUCCCCUCCACCAGCUAUGUAAAUUGAUCUUGAAGUCAGUUUUUUGUGUGGAUUAUCUAUACCACUCUUUUAUUUUAACAUCAUGUUUUCUCGACAGAAACUGGAAAAACUCCAAGAGGAAGGGCAAAUCGAGAAGCCCUUCCAACGGAAACAAAUGAAGAUCAGAUUCCCCGAACGUGGAAGGAGUGGCAGAGAUGUAGUAAUGAUAAACAACCUAGAAUUUUCUUAUGGUGAUGAGGUAUGUGAAAGAGAACAUCGUCUAAUUAUAUUGUCUCCACGCAAACCUAAAUAUCUCAAUUCCUAUUACCGAUUUCUUUUUCAGAUGCUAUUUAAUGGUGCAAAUCUACUGGUUGAGAGAGGCGAAAAAAUUGCCAUCAUCGGCCCGAAUGGCUGUGGGAAGAGCACAUUACUAAAACUGAUAAUGGGUUAUGAGAAGGCCAGAAGUGGUGAAGUUGUGCUCGGUGAUCAUAAUGUCUUGCCAAACUAUUUUGAGCAGAAUCAGGUACUCUGCCUUUUUCCUUCCUUUUUUUUUUUUUUUCCAAUUUCUGUGAUCAUCGAUCAUUUCUUUCAGCCAUCAUCUGCUGGAUAUGGUACCAUCUGUGUAUCCUAAUGAAAAUUUUCGGAAUCCACCAACAUUGAUUCCUAAACAAAAGCUGGAACCCCAAAUUUCUGAGGUGGUUUUAGAACUGUUCACUGAGACAGUGGCAUUGCCUUAAUGCUGCAUGACCAGGCGGAAGCUCUCGAUCUGGAUAAAACAGUGCUUGAAACAGUCGAAGACGCUGCAGAGGACUGGAGAAUUGAUGACAUCAAGGGUCUCCUGGGUCGCUGCAACUUCAAAGCUGACAUGCUUGACAGAAAAGUCUCUCUCUUGAGCGGUGGAGAGAAGGUGAGCGUGCGCCAGUUCAUCUUUCUUUAUCCGUUUCUUUAGUUUGAACAGUCCGGCGUUGACUGGGAGAAAAUGAAAAAGCCUGCAAUUCUAUACACGGACAAUGAUCGAAGAUCACAUUCUUCUGUGUGGUGCCACGCAGGCAAGGCUCGCCUUCUGCAAGUUCAUGGUGAAACCAUCCACCCUGCUGGUGCUGGAUGAGCCCACUAACCACUUGGACAUUCCGUCAAAGGAGAUGCUGGAGGUACUGUGGGUUGACUUUUGUUCAUUUGUGAGUCAACUGUGCCUUUCUUCGGCUCAAACUUACACUUGUCUGGGCAGGAAGCCAUCUCCGAAUAUAAGGGCACCGUGAUAACCGUCUCCCAUGACCGAUAUUUCAUAAGGCAAAUUGUCAACAGAGUGGUGGAGGUCAACGACGGGCACCUCGAAGACUACAAUGGUGACUACAAUGUAAGGCGUUUUUUCAGCACCUUUGUCUGUCAUAAUUUAUGAAUGCUAGGCUAGCGGCAUCAAUGGGGCCACGCAGCUCUCCAGCCCAGUCUGGCCUUCCAGGCUUUGGCCAAGGAAGAGCUAGCCUCAUUUAUCUGCCAGCAGCCAGCUGAUUCUCUCUCUCUCUCUCUCUCUCUCUCUAGUAUUACCUGGAGAAGAACUUGGAGGCUAGGGAAAGAGACUUGGAGCGUGAGGCCGAGCUUGAGGCCAAGGCCCCCAAGGUCAAAGCCAAGUCCAAGAUGUCAAAGGUGACCCCCAAGCCCCUCUCUCUCUCUCUCUCUCUCUCUCUCUCUCUCUCUCUCUCUAUGGCUGAUGGGUGGUAUGAAUUGAUGCAGGAGGAGAAAGAAGCCAGGAAGAAGCAGAAGAUGCUGGCGUUUCAGCAGUCCAAGGCGAAGUCAAAGGGCCUGAAGAACGCAAAGCGCUGGAAGUAA